AUGAAUGCUGUAUUUCUCAUUUUUCAUCUAGUCAUUCUAGCAGGUGCUGCCUGGGGCUCCUCUGAUGAGACACUUCUAGUUAAAACUCUCUUUACCGGUUACAAUAAGGUUGUCCGUCCUGUCAGUCACUUCAAGGACCCGGUGGUUGUUACCGUAGGCCUUCAGCUCAUUCAGCUCAUCAGUGUGGAUGAGGUCAACCAGAUCGUCAGCAGCAACGUGAGACUGAAACAGCAAUGGAAAGAUGUGAACUUGAAGUGGAACCCAGAGGAUUACGGUGGCAUCAAAAAGAUCAGAGUUCCCUCCACUGACAUUUGGCGGCCUGAUCUGGUUCUCUACAACAACGCUGAUGGUGACUUUGCCAUCGUUCAUGAGACCAAGGUGCUGCUGGAGCACACUGGAAUGAUCACGUGGAACCCGCCUGCCAUCUUCAAGAGCUACUGUGAAAUUAUUGUGCUGCAUUUCCCCUUUGACCUUCAGAACUGCAGCAUGAAGCUGGGUACCUGGACCUAUGAUGGAAACUUGGUCGUCGUCAAUCCUGACAGUGACCGUCCUGAUCUGAGUAACUUUAUGGAGAGUGGAGAGUGGGUGAUGAAGGAUUUCCGCGGCUGGAAGCACUGGGUGUACUAUGCAUGCUGCCCAGACACCCCUUACCUGGACAUCACCUACCACUUCCUCAUGCUGAGGCUCCCACUGUACUUCAUCGUCAAUGUGAUCAUCCCCUGCAUGCUCUUCUCCUUCCUGACCGGCCUUGUCUUCUAUCUUCCUACAGAUUCUGGUGAGAAGAUGACUCUCAGCAUCUCUGUCUUGCUGUCUCUGACUGUGUUCCUGCUGGUCAUUGUGGAGCUGAUCCCCUCUACCUCCAGCGCUGUACCACUCAUUGGGAAGUACAUGCUCUUCACCAUGGUCUUCGUCAUUGCCUCCAUCAUCAUCACUGUCAUUGUCAUCAACACCCACCACCGGUCCCCAAGCACUCACACAAUGCCAGACUGGGUCCGCAAGGUUUUUAUUGAAACCAUCCCUAACAUCAUGUUCUUUUCAACGAUGAAGCGCCCUGGCAAAGAAAAACAGAUUAAAAGCAUCUAUGGUGGUGAUUUUGACAUCUCAGACAUCUCUGGCAACCAGACUUCUGCUGUUCCCUACCAGUCACCCAUCACCAACAAUCCUGAUGUCCGUAGUGCCAUUGAAGGAGUCAAGUACAUCGCAGAAACCAUGAAAUCAGAUGAGGAAUCCAACAAUGCUGCUGAAGAGUGGAAGUUUGUGGCCAUGGUGUUGGAUCAUAUUCUGCUGUGUGUCUUCAUGGCUGUGUGUCUCAUCGGCACAUUAGGCGUGUUCGCAGGCCGUCUCAUUGAGCUGAGCAUGCUCUAG